GGGGCUGAAAUUCUUCACCAGGAGUUCACGCGCAGACAGGAACUUGCUGGUCGUCCAGUUGGCAAACCGACGGAGUUGUCUUCGAAAACUUGUGGGCUCAAAACAAACCAUUAUGACUUCGACGAACAUGUUUCAAGGGUUAGCCACGGGUACAAAACCAAGUUCCAGGGUCUUGCAGCCUCCUGGAGGUGGCUCCAGUAACUUGUUUGGGGGCUAUGAAGACGACUCUGCAGCAUUAAGAAGACCUAAUAAGAUGGCCUCCAAAUUGUUUGCUCCACCAGAGGAGGUCCAGAGUGGACCCAAGCGCUCCAAUCCUCCAGGUGGGAAGAGUAGCGGAAUAUUCGGGGAUCCUGAGCCUCAAGCUCGGCAACAGAGACACAAAGCUCCCGGUGGGCCGACCAGUAACAUAUUCGGUGCUCCGGAGAGUGCACCCGCCCAAACCGCAAACCGAAUGCACCCAAAUAAGCCAAAGGACAAUCUAGGUGUGGAACCUGAACCUAAAUCAUCACCUGCACCAGAAGCUACCAUCACCCAACCUGAAGUGAAGGAGGAGGUGCCGCCGCCAUCUCUGCUGCCAGCCAAGGAAGAGCCUGCUGCAGCCCCAGCCUCCCCUGAGCCUGAGCCCCGCUCUCCUCCUUCCUCCUCGUCCCCACCUGCUGAGGAGACGAGUCCUGAUGGUGACGGGAAGAACCACGAGCCGCACCUGGGACCCAAGCCUCGCUCGCACAACAGGGUCCUCAACCCCCCCGGUGGGAAGUCCAGUGUGGUAUUCUUCUGAUCAGCUAAACACACAUCUCCUUGUCUGCUCCCCUGUCAAUCUUUUCUCAUUCCAACGCCGCCCCCCCCCCCCCCCCUCCCACAUUCACUUCACCCGUACAUUUAGACACAGCGCAGGACGGUUUUGUUCUCAUCGGAUUCCGAUGCAAAUAUGCCGUCAACGUCUUGCACUUUCAGCCCCAUUUCUUUCUUCCAGCUAUUUCCCCAGUUCUUCUUCAACGAAAUCUACUGCAAUCAUUCAAUCUCCAAUCAACAGGCCAGAUAUUAGCUAAUCACUUUAUCUGUCACACUGUUUGAUCGCAAUCAUUGCCGUUACUCAUUUGUUUCCUUCUGUGUUUUGCCCACAGUUUAUCAUAUUUUCAGCGCUUUGGCGCCUCACGGGUGGUUAAGACGUUGGCGUGCUUGUACAAUUGUCAGCUUUAAACGGUUAUCGAUUUAAAUUGUUUGGUAUAAAAUAAUAAUUCAAACAUUAGCUUUAAAUUUGAAGUUGUUUGUUUUAAACCUUAACAUGUAGCUGUUUCAUCAGGAUGGGGUGGAUACAUCACUGAUGUAAUGUUUCAAAU